ACUGUCACGUGACAUUUACAGCCUUCACGUCACGUGACAUGGGCAACGCUGCGUGCUCUGAUAUGUCAACUUGGCAGGUUUCUUUACAUUUGACAGGGUUGUGACAGGGCACAGAGGGAAUGGAUGGAUUUUCAGUGACGUUUACAGAGGCAAUGUGUCUUGGGGCAAGCCUUACCUUCUCAGGCAUCUUCUACUAUUUGCACAGGAAAAGUCGGACAACGGUCAAUAAACUCAAUAAUGCUCCACACUUCACUAUAGAUGGAAAACUCAAAGAACUUUUGAAAGUUACUCCAGGGGCAUGUCUUCAGUAUGUUGUCAUCGAAGGUAAUGUGAAACCAGUAGGCGAGCCUCUGACGAGUAACUUCCACAAAGAAAUUUCUGGUGUGUUACAAAGAUUUACGUUGAAAGAACAUAAGUUGGUAUGGAGCGGCAUGUCACGCACAUGGAUGGAAACGGAGCGAGUUUUGCAUGAAAGAGUGAAUAUGGUGCCUUUUUUAUUAUCUGGGUUGGAUGACACCACAGUCAGAGUCCUUGGUCCUCUACAAGCCUCUGGAAAUCACAUGGAGAUCACUAAUGAGAAGUUUCAUCAAGCAAAUUAUGGUUUUGGAGAUCUUGUAGGGCAGUACCUCAGCGGGGAGAAGUCUAAAGGUCUCCUGGAGCUCGAGGAAAUGCUUAAGGUGGGGACAACCGUUACAGGUGUCGGUGAGUUAAUGGUAGACACGGAUGGAGCUCUGAGUCUUCGGCCUCCCUCUGAUGGCUCCCAGUAUUUCUUGAGCAUUGCAGACUUUGAAACUCUGCGAAGAGAGAAUGACAGCGUGGCCGCUUGGUGGAAGGCGCUGGUCGUUGCCUCCGCUUUGGCAGGGGUAGCAGUCCUCUUCUGGGCUGGCAUACGCUACUACCGCCACCUAAAAGUGCGCUGGGAGCAGGAGCAGGAGACCAGGGAAUUUGCGAGACGUCAAGCCGAAGCAGUAAGACUACGAUCAAAUGAGGCCUCUGAAGAUGGAGCCGACCAUGACACAGGGAACAUCUGUGUAAUUUGUCUAAGUCAGCCACGAGACUGCAUCCUGUUGGAUUGUGGGCAUGUAUGUUGCUGCUAUGUUUGCUUCCAUACCCUGCCACAACGGAAAUGCCCCAUCUGUAGACAGAACAUUGUCCGAGUGCUGCCCUUCUAUCAGCCCUGAGGUGCGACUGUGUGGCUGUAUGACACUUUAAACACCUUAGAAACUGUGCCAGCUUUUCUUAGUUUGAGAAUAAAUGAGAAUUAAAAGGA